GCCGGCGCGCCCGCGUGCGGCAUCUUCCGGCUGGGAGCCUUGGCGCGUCUGUCUGCGAGCGAGCUUCGACGGUCCCGCCGCUAUGGGCAAACGCCGGAGCCGCGGCCGGAGCCAGCUACUCAGCACCAUGACCAAGAAGCAGAAGAAGCACCUCCGCGACUUCGGCGAGGAGCACCCCUUCUACGACAGGGUUUCCAAAAAGGAGGCAAAGCCACAGAUUUGUCAGCUGUCAGAGAGUUCAGAUACUUCACAUUCUGAAAGUGAAUCUGAGAGUGAGCAAGAGCACAUUUCAGGGUACCACAGGCUGCUUGCUACACUAAAGAAUGUUUCGGAGGAGGAGGAAGAGGAAGAGGAGGAAGAGGACAGCGCCGUAGGUGAAGAAGAAAUGAACGAUGAAGAUGGUGAUGAAGAUGUCAGCGUGGGAGAGGAAACAGCAGAGACGGCUGACACACAGGAGCGUCUGUCCCUAGCUGAUGGCCCCAAAGAAGAAGAUGGGGAAGGGCCUCCUGAUACGUCACAGAAAUCCUCAGAGGAGUUCACAGAUGCGAAACAUGAGUCACUGUUCAGCCUGGAAACCAAUUUCCUGGAAGAGGACAGUGGAGGCAGCAGCACUUCCCAGAGAGCCUCCCAAGAUCCGUUUCAACAACAUGUCAGCAAAGAGCUGAAAGAAAAGGAAGUUCAAGCCGCCGCUUCAAGCGCUCCAACUACCCAGCAGAUGAAAUGGCCCGUCCUGGGACAGCUUGUCUUUUCAUCAAAGUUCCAGAAGAUGGAAACAUUUAAACCUCCGAAGGAUGUCGACAUGAAGUCACUUCAUCUUCAGAAGCCUCUAGAGUCCACCUGGAAAAAAACCAAUAGCCAAUUUCUCUCUGGUCCUCAAAAAUCAAACAGCCCCUUUACCCCACUCCAGAAAGAACUGUUCUUAAUUAUGAAUUCUUACCGGGACCUGUUCUACCCAGAGAGGACUGCCCUGAAGAAUGGAGAAGAGGUCCGCCACGUGUACUGCCUGCAUGCUAUAAACCACGUCCUCAAAGCCAAUGCCCAAGUGUUGGCUAACAACAGCAGGCGCCGGAGCCAGAAAUUUGGGGUGGGUGAUGAUGACGACUUCAGGGACCAAGGGCUAACCAGGCCUAAGGUGCUUAUAGUGGUGCCCUUUCGAGAAGCUGCCCUUCGGGUGGUCCAACUCUUCAUCAGCCUCCUAGAGGGGGACAGCAAGAAGAAAAUCAUUGUAAGCAACAAAAAGAGGUUUCAGGGGGAGUAUGGCUCGGAUCCUGAGGAGAGACCACCCAACCUGAAGAGGCCCGAGGAUUAUGAAGCUGUGUUCGUGGGCAACAUUGAUGACCACUUCAGGAUUGGGGUGGCAAUACUUCAGAGGAGCAUUCGUCUCUAUGCCCCCUUUUACUCCUCCGACAUCCUCAUCGCCUCCCCGCUGGGCUUGAGAACCAUCAUUGGUGGAGAAGGAGAGAAGAAGAGAGACUUUGAUUUCCUGUCUUCUGUUGAGUUGCUCAUCAUCGACCAGGCUGACAUUUACCUCAUGCAGAACUGGGAGCAUGUCUUGCAUUUGAUGAACCACAUGAACCUGCUUCCUUUGGACUCCCAUGGGGUGGACUUUUCUCGCGUACGCAUGUGGAGCCUCAACAACUGGUCCAGGUACUACCGCCAGACCCUGCUCUUCGGUGCCCUGCAGGAUGCCCAGAUCAACUCUGUGUUCAACAAGCACUGUGUCAAUGCCCAAGGCCAGGUGGCCGUGAGGAAUGUCCCCAUGACAGGCUCCAUCAGUCACGUGCUGGUGCAGCUCCCACAUGUCUUCCAGAGGAUGGAAGCCCAAGACCUCUCUUCAGUGAUUGAUGCCAGGUUUCACUUUUUCAUAAACAAGAUUUUGCCUCAGUACCGGGAUGCCGUCAUGUCCCACACGCUCAUCUAUGUCCCCUCCUACUUUGACUUUGUGCGUCUCCGAAACUACUUCAAGAAGGAAGAGCUGAACUUCACACACAUCUGCGAGUAUACACAGAAGUCUGGGGUCUCCAGGGCUCGGCAUUUCUUCCUCCAAGGAGAGAAGCAAUUUCUGCUCCUCACAGAACGCUUCCAUUUCUAUAAAAGGUACACAAUAAAAGGCAUCAGGAACCUGAUAUUCUACGAACUGCCAACCUACCCUCACUUCUACAGUGAGGUCUGUAAUAUGCUGAGAGCCACGAGUAGAGGAGAGGAGGCUACGUGGACCUGCACUGUGCUCUAUUCCAAGUACGAUGCCCAGAGGCUGGCUGCCGUGGUUGGUGUCGAGCGGGCGGCACAGAUGCUGCAGUCUCCGAAGAACGUCCACCUCUUCAUCACCGGAGAGAAAUGAGGAUGGGGCGGGGCAGGCCGCGUCAGCCCGUGGGCCACGUAGACCUGAUUCUCAUCACUCUUCAGGAGCAAGCUCUGGACAGACGCAGGCAGUCCUGUGUUGUGUCCCUGGAAAGUACAUUAUAACUAGUGUCAGUGACCACCGCUGCCAGAGCCAAGAGCGGUCUGCACGGGUUUGUCACAUCCAGAAACGAAGCUUGUGCUUGUCAGACUUGUAAGCUGUGAGUUCUCCAGUUACAGCUUUAACUUUUUACGUGGGGAAGACUCUCCAGCUUGCCUAUCCAUUUUCUUAAAGCGUUGGUUGUGUUGUUUGCGAGGUUUGCCAAGAGCUGGAGACAACUUGCUGCUGUGUCGUCUUGGCAUGGAUCUUGUGGGACUUUGCUUUUGCAGCCAAACUAAAAAAAAUUACACACUCUAAUCUAGAAGAUUACAUUCAUUCACUGAUCUUUUUAGAUUCCUCACGGUGUUUUAAUGACUAACACGUUUACAGUCAAGUUGCAUAAAGCAACAUUGAGUUGUACAGUUGACGAAAUAUCACUUAGAACCCAGGGCUGAUGCCUGUCCUCGGCACUGCUCUCUCUUUUGCUUUAGCUGGUUUUUGAGUCAUGUAGCAGGUGAAAGAGAGAAGGAAAUCAUGCUUUGAAGCAGUCAACACAUUAUUUCAAACUUCGUUAUAAAAACAAACACCAUUGCAAACAAAGAACCACCACGGAGACCGUUGCUUCAGGUGCCAGAGCUGUGAAGCUAGGGCUGAGCCUGAGUUGUUGGGAGUUGACAGCCAACCUCACAGGUGUGUGUUCCUGUGAGCAAGUUUUGUUUUUUGGGACCUCAGCGUGGCUUCAAGUGAUCAAAGUGUCCUUGCUGCCACCAGAUAGAUCUCUGACUCCACUUGCUCUGGCCCCUUCCAGACUGCUCAGGAAGACCUGACCUUGAAGACUUAAUCUAACUCCCUUCACCUCCCAAGUGCCACUGACACGUUUGGCUGUUUGUUGUCAUCGAGGCUGUUGGUUGAGUGUUUUGUUUGUCUAGUGUGAGUUUUGCUUGUCUUGUGUGAUUGACUGACUGAUUGGUUGAUUGAUUUGCAGUGCUUGGUAAUCAAACUCGGGCCCUUGCAUGCAUGCAAGUCCCAGCCCUUGGUGAUUUUUUUGUUUUGUUUUGUUUUCUGUGAGACAGGAUCUUGCUAUGAAAUUUAGGGCAACCUUGGCUUUGACAUGUAGCCCAGGCUGGCCUCAACUCAUAACCCUCCUGCCUCUGCCUCUCCAGUGAGGAUUACAGACGAAGCUGCUGGGUUAGCUGGCUGACCCUCCCUCCAGCCCCAGGCUCUGUCAUCAGAGCUCAGGAAUGUUUGCCUGAGUGUGGUGCGUAUGUGCGCACACACAGAUGUUGGAGUUUACUUCUUACCCCGCAUUAGAAACUGUGAAUUUAAAUUAGUGUUUCUAUUUCCAGUGUAUGCUGCAGGGUUCCUUCUGAUCCCUUUCUCGGUGAUUUACCCUUGUCCUGGGAGACAAGGCACACUUGGUAUAUAUUUCUUUAUACUUGUACAUACUUUAAUGUCUUGGCAGAUAAAGGCACUUGGGCUCUAAGUGCCAAAGGACUUAAGUUGUAUUCCCAGAACUCAUUGUAGGAGACAGACAACUCCCAACAGUUGUCCUCUGACCUCCACAUGGGUGCCAUGGCACCUUACAUCCUGCCCACAGAGAGAGAGAGAGAGAGAGAGAGAGAGAGAGAGAGAGAGAGAGAGAGAGAGAGAGAGAGAGAGAGAGAGAGAGAGAGAUUAAGAAAAUGAUAUAAUUUGGGGCAGCUGUUGUGCUAAAUAGGCAUUUUGAUUUCUCAGCAUGAUAAGCAAAGGCAGUUACUCCAGAUUGAGUUCUGAAUUUCAGGAUAUAUAAAUGAUAAUAAAAGCCAUUCAGUCCCAAACAUACACUCCCUGGAUGCACAGAUCUGCCCUGUGGUUAUUGGCAUCUGUGUGCCAUAUUCACCAUUUAUGAGAAGGGAAAUGAGUUUGUUGCUUUGUUGAAAACCAUGAUUCCUAGGUCUGUUUCCACAGUUCUUGUGAACAGCUCACAGGACAAAUUGUAACUGCCAAAGAGUUCGUGGACUGCAGAGAGCUGGCUUGAUUAAUAUAAGAGGUGACGUCACAGCGAGGGGAAGUGGCCCUCAGACAGCAGCCACAUGGUGUACAUUAGAACCUAGCAUGUACAUCCUGUGUUGUCCUCCCUCUUGUCCAUGAUAUCCUCAAAUUAGUGAUCCUCCUGCUUCAGCCUCCUCAUUAAAGAUGUCUCUCCCCUCCUA